AUGGACGGGGGAGGAGCAGCUCCCACUGCCGAUGCUGGCGGUGCUGGAGGAGCAGGUGCUGCUGGUGCUGGUGCUGGUGCUGCUGUACCAGGAGCAACUCCAGUCAUGGGCGAUGGCGCUGCUCCAGUGCAAGCCCACGUUCACCACCACGCACACGAUCAUCACGGCCACCACGACCCCUUCUUCACAAACGGCCCGCAUCGAACUAAUACCGACUCCACACUACCAAAGUCACGGCCGAUUUCUGUGAACGAGCUUCGAGAGUCUCAGAAAAGCUGGCUCGCCAAUCGGGAUGAUCUGUCGACUGAUAUAGAGCACUAUUUUGUCGGCCCCCGCGAUCUGAGUAGGCACACCAAAUGGCCUACAUUCUUGCGAAUGCACGGCAGCAUUCUACCAAGAUUGAUUCUACCCUUAUUCUUCGUAGCAGCUUGGUCUACUGUGAUAACAUUGGUCACGAUGCUCAGAUGGGAUUUGUCGGUAGCGAGUAUUCUCCUCACAGUCCUUGGUUUCGUCGUCGGUUUAGCACUCUCAUUUCGAAGCUCCACUGCCUACGAACGAUACAAUGAUGGUCGGAAAUACUGGACCCAACUGAUCAUGGCAUCAAGGAAUAUUGCUCGUCUUAUCUGGCUGCACACCCGUGAAAGGGAGGGGGAACUUGGAAAAGAUGACCUUCUCAAGAAAUUGACCGCUCUCAACCUUGUUCAAGCUUUUGCAGUUGCGUUAAAGCAUAACCUCCGCUUCGAACCCACUAUCGCCUACGCGGACCUCUUUAAAUUGGUCGGUCACUUGGACACGUUUGCUCGGGAUGCUCAUGACCCAGACCUCGUCAAGCCACUGCAGAAAACUCCCUGGAAAGCAGCAGGUGAAUACAUGGGUGUUUCCUUCGCCGAAUCAAACCCUCGAAAACUGAUCAAACGGGCCAAAAAGCCUUUGGGUCAUCUCCCGAUGGAGAUCUUGAACCAUCUCUCCGCGUAUGUUAAUCAUUGUACAGUACAAGGUUUAUUCUACUCCGCCACAUAUGAAGGACAACUUAUUACCGCCGUAAACUCCUUGAGCGAAGUUUUGGCCGGAUCUGAAAGAGUUCGCGACACGCCUUUGCCAGAGGCAUACUGCAUUGCAAUUUCUCAGAUCGCGUGGAUCUACAUUUUGGUUCUCCCAUUUCAGUUGGUGGACCCGCUAAAUUAUUUGGCUAUUCCAGGUUCAGUUGUUGCCGCAUACAUCAUCCUCAGCUUCGUCGCUAUUGGUCGCGAACUCGAGAACCCCUUUGGCGAUGAUGUGAACGAUCUCCCGCUUGAUUCAUACUGCAAGCAACUCUCCGCCGAGCUCGAUAUUAUCACAGCCACGCCACCGGCCAAGAUCGACGAGAUCACGAGUUGCAGCGAUAACCUCGUGAUGUACCCGUUGAGCGAAGACAGUUAUGAGAAGUGGAAACAGCGCAGUGUCGCUGAAAUUCGUGAGGCUUUGAAAUACAAAGUGAUAAGCACGAAAAAGGUCUCUGGUAGUGAAGAAUCAGAUUCGGCAGUGAUUUACACUGAAGCUACUGUGAAGGCUUGA